AUGAAACCGUUAACAGCACUGCUACUCUCACUCCCAUUAGUUGUUCAAAUAGACUGUUACAAUUAUUUGAACUGUUAUAGUUCAUUACCCUCAUCUUUUGUAUCGAUGGGAACAAACCAGUAUCAAUCAAGUUCAGCAUGUAAUAGUUUAUGUACCUCAAAGAAUUAUAAUUAUUUCGCAUUGUUCAACCAUAACGAAUGUUUUUGUUCGAAUGAAUGGAAUUCCAACGGGUUAACCACUUCCAAUAGUUGUAAUUCUUAUUGUUUUGGUUAUGAUAAAGAAAUGUGUGGUGGGGAGAAUUCUUAUGGCGUUUAUAAGAUGGAUGUUCAAAACACUAAUGCGAAUACAAAUACAAAUACAAAUACAAAUACAAAUACAAAUACAAAUACAAAUACAAAUACAAAUACAAAUACAAAUACAAAUACAAAUACAAAUACAAAUACAAAUACAAAUACAAAUACAAAUACAAAUACAAACACAAACACAAACACAAACAGAAACACUCAAAACACAAGUCCAAGCACAAAUACAAAUACAAACACUCAAAGCACAAGUCCAAGCACGAGUCCAAGCACAACUUCAAAUACAAACAUGGCAGCUACCACAAUUAUAAAUGUAGUAACCACUAAUGAAGAAAAUGUUGCCUCUACUUCUAACGUUCUAACUGCCUCUUCAGCAAAUUCUAAUAGUGGAUCGUAUCAAUAUACAACAUCAGUGGAUAAAACCACGGCAAUCAUAUACUCCACUGCCUUCUUAACAGAUAGUGGUUCAACCUUAUUUGUCACAAACACAAUUACAAAAAGUGCACAAGCUACUCAAACAGUCAUUUCACCAAACUCAAACGGUACAAACUCUACUAAUGGUACCUUAUCGAAUAAUGGUAAAAAUAGUAAUAAAUCGAAAAAACAUGUUAAUGUUGGAGCCAUUGUAGGUGGUGUAGUUGGGGGUGUAGGUGGUGCUAUUGUUAUCUCCAUCAUAGCAUUAUUCCUAAUAAGAACAAGAAAUAAGCGUAAGGAACAAGAAAGAAUGGAAUUGGAAUAUCAAGAAGCUAUUAAACCAGUCGAUUAUGAUUAUGAUACAACCAUAUUUAACACCACAAAUAAUAACCUCAAUAAUAACAACCGUGGUGAUAACGUCAUACCAGAUAAUAAUAAUAAUGAUUUCAAUGAUCCAACUUCUCAUUCCCCAAAUAAUAAAGAGCAAUUCUAUUAUAACACUUCAUCAUUAUCAUCAAAUACAAAUGAUAAUAGUAUAAAUGGCGGUAUGAACCAGAGAAUCUCCAACUCAAGUUACGAUAACAUCGUGGUUCCUCCAUCUACCAAUCCAUUCGAUGAUUCAAGGAGAAUCAGUAAUGGUUCCAUCAUCGAUUCUACAAAUAAGAAUAAUCAUAAGGUAUUAACCGUCGUUAAUCCUGAUGAAGACUAG